UGGAAGAAGAGACUCAUAAUCCAAGCCACCGCCUUUCAACUGUCGGAAACUCAACCCUCCUCCCCCGUCGGCCGGCGGAAUAUAUAUACACGAGUACAUACAAGUAUAACCCAGUACGCAAUAUUCAAAUAACUCUCUCUAGAUUAUCAAGAAAAAACCAAAACCCUUGAAGAAAAUGACUUUGAAUCACCCAAAAUCAUCUGUUUUACUUCACAGGAUCAACACCACCACCACCAACACAGCUUCCACCGCCGCUCCUACAUGGAAUAGACAAGUCCAGCAGAUUCCCACCGCCGCCUUGCAGUGGCGAACGCCACUGCCUUGCAGCACCCAAGUCCCAGACCACGUCGCUUGCUACCAUACUUACGCCGUGGGCCAAAACCAGUCCUGCUCCGCCGUGAUCCAGCAAAUAAAUGCCCCAGUCGACACCGUAUGGUCCUUCGUCCGCCGCUUCGACAAACCACAGGCAUACAAGCACUUUGUCAAGAGUUGCAACGUAACCGUCGGAAACGGUGACGUAGGCACCAUCCGGGAGAUCCACGUCAUAUCCGGUCUCCCCGCUGUGAACAGCACUGAGCGCCUUGAGAUCCUCAACGACGAACACCAUGUCAUCAGCUUCAGCGUCGUUGGUGGCGACCACCGCCUGGCUAACUAUCGCUCUGUUACCACCCUACACCCAGCAGCGGAUGGCGGCGACGAGACAAUUGUCGUGGAAUCCUACCUUGUUGACAUACCUCAAGGUAACAGUACAGAAGAAACAAGCGUCUUCGUGGACACCAUUGUUAAAUGUAACCUCCAGUCACUUGCACAGAUCGCUGAGAAUUUAGCCCGACAAAAUGUUUCUGUAAAGAAAAAUGUCCAAUCGGUUUAAAGUUCAAAAUUGUUCAUCCACCUAUUCAAAGAUUCUUUUUUUAGAUCUCGGCUACACAAUUAUCACAUGCACUCGCAUUCGCAUUCGCAUCCGCAUCCAUAGGUCUGCAUUCUGAUAUCAGAUUUAUCUGCCAAUCAGCAACAUCUUCUGGUACAGGAAUAAAUCCCUAGAAGCCUUGUUUGUGUUGAUACUUGACAUGUAACGCACAAUUAAUGUUUUGUUUUCAUGAAUCAUGAAUGUUUGCCUUUUUGAGGUUGUUAUUAAUUAUCAUUGUUCGUCCAAGAAAUUCAUAGUUUUUAUUUAUUUA